GCCCCUCAGUGAGGGGUUUUCCCACAACAAGGGUCCACUUUUCUAAUCAAGCAGCAAGAGAUAGAAUGUCUGCUGAGGAGUUGACUAUGACUGAGGGCUAUCCUGUGGCCAAGAGAAUGUCAGCACAGUUUGAGGGGACGUUUGCAUAUGUGACAUUGAAAGAUCGUAUGCCCAAAAUCAUCACUCAAGUCAUAGACACAGUUAACAGAGAGGAGGCUACUGUCCAAAAACAACAUGGCGAGGCUGGGACAGAAGAUGUGAAAGGCGUACUGAGUCGUCUCUCCCAGCUACGCUACGAGUUACUGACCAACAAAGAGAUGACGGGAGUGGAAGAAGGCUGUGAUGUGGAGCAGUGGAGGGGAGUGUUCUCUCGCUACAAGGAGACCUUGCAAGGACAGGAACCACUGUGGUUCACUGUGUCCUGGCUGUUUGCAGAGUGCUACAUGUACCGCAAGAUAAUAGAGGCCUUCCAAAAGAGUUCCCUCAUGAAGGAUUUUGACCCAUUUCAGAGUCGCAAGGAGGCCUCAUUCCAUAACUCCCUCCAGCAGAUAACAGAGCAAGCUUCUCGUGUGCUGCGGCUGACCUCAGAGCCUCAUCUGGAACAAGCCUCAGAGCAAAGCCUCAGAGUCGACUUUGAACAUCUGGUACUGUUGUGCCUGUGGGGUAAUAAGAUGGAUCUCUCCAUGGUGGCUACAAUGGAUAACUAUGACAGCUCUGUGAAUGCUGACACUGCUCAACAAGGUCGUACUAAUCUACUGGCUGACCACACUCCUGCCCUCUGGGACCUCCUACAGUUAAUAAGACAACCAAAGAUCAAGGGACAGCCACGAAGAGUUGAUUUUGUUGUCGAUAAUGCUGGCUUUGAGAUAUUUACAGACCUGUGCUUUGCUGAUUGGCUUUUGAGUGUUGGAUUGGCUGAUGUUGUUCACUUCCAUUGUAAGCAGCUUCCUUGGUUUGUAUCUGAUGUGAUGAUCAAAGACUUCCACUGGACACUAGACACUCUGACUGCCUCCACUCAUGAAGCCUGCUCUGCCCUGGGACACAAAUGGAGGGGCCGGGUGGAAGAGGGGUCAUUUAUUGUCCUCGAUCACAGCUUCUGGACCACUUCCUACGAGUAUGCUGCAAUGGCAACCAUAGCCCCGGACCUUUAUAACAAUCUGUCCAAGUCCGAUCUCGUGUUCUUUAAAGGAGAUCUCAACUAUCGCAAGUUACUCGCUGACAGGAACUGGCUCUACACACAAGACUUCAGUACUGCUUUGGGUGGAUUCCAGCCGACCAACCUAUGUGCACUCCGCACCCUCAAGGCAGACCUAGUGACCGGGCUGGGAGCAGGGGUUGCAGCUAAUGCAGCCAAACAGAGCAAGGACUGGAUGACUACUGGACAAUAUGCCGUGCUACAAGUAGCACAGACUCAGUAACUUAAUUUUUAUGGAAUCACGUUUUGCUUGUAGUAUCUGAAUUACAUUUUUCAAUUAAUUAAUAAUAAUCUGA